AAACGGCACGACUUUGAAUUCAUCUCUCACGGAACCACCGCGCUCCUCCCCAAAGAACCGGAAUUGGCUGUGCGCUCCGGAGGGGGCAAGAGAGGGGAACCGAGGGGCAUGCCGCUUACUUUUACACGUUUCUGUUGUGCGAUUAGACGGCAUUCGUCAGACAGACUUGAGUUAUGGGAUGUAACGGGAUGGUUUAUUCCGCUGGGUGUGUUCCAAAACUUUUGUGUCAUUUGCAUAAUGCGUACUUGUGUCUCAACACGAAGUGUUCGUUGUCUUGUUACGGUUUAAGAUGCCACAGCAAAAGCUGAACUAUUUAUACGAAUGUGGAGAUAAGGCUGUUGUGGAUUUGUCCGUGUGAUAAAAUGAGAUGCUGAGAUUACAUUAACAGUAUUAAUAUGUAGACGCGCAUUUAUGAUCAAGGAUUAUAUAAAUAAUGACACAUGAGCGACUGUUCGUCACUUUUGUUUCACGUGCAAACUGUUAGAAGAAGCUUAAUAACUUUUUAAAGGGAUUAAAGUAAAUAUUAUUUGACGCAGAUAGUUUAUUAUUUUACUGAUAACAGAAUGAUUUUAUGGUUAGGAAAAGUGUGAUAAAGCGAGUGUGUUAGUGAACGCAAUAAUGUUAGGCAGUCCUUCCAAUAACGGAGGAAUCAGGAUGCUCUCUUCCCCUGCGCACAAUGACGACAGGCGGGUCGAGUUUGUGGCUCUCACGGCUGUGCACACUGAAAGAAGCGAGCCGUCAACUCCAGAGCGCGGACACCCAUCUCACCGCACCGGUUUACUGGGCACACCGCUGCCCGCGCCGCCUGGACCCAGUGCGACCCCUUCCGCCUCCAGCAAACGCUACAGAAAGUUACAGAACUGCCUGUACAACGUGCUCGAGAGACCCAGAGGAUGGGCAUUUAUCUAUCACGCCUUCAUUUUUCUUCUGGUGUUCAGCUGUCUGGUGCUUUCUGUUUUCUCCACCAUUCCAGAAAAUCAGAAAUUCGCCAAUGAGGCGCUCUUCAUUCUGGAGUUUGUGAUGAUCGUGGUGUUCGGUCUGGAGUAUUUUGUGAGGGUCUGGGCUGCCGGAUGCUGCUGCAGGUACAGAGGAUGGCAGGGUCGAUUACGCUUCGCCAGGAAGCCCUUCUGCGUCAUAGACUUCAUUGUCUUUGUGGCGUCGCUGGCAGUGAUAGCGGCGGGCACGCAGGGAAACAUCUUCGCUACAUCUGCCUUGCGCAGCAUGCGUUUUCUGCAGAUUUUGCGUAUGGUGCGCAUGGACCGCAGAGGAGGCACCUGGAAGUUACUGGGCUCGGUGGUGUACGCUCACAGCAAGGAGCUUAUCACAGCCUGGUACAUCGGCUUCCUGGUGCUGAUCUUUGCAUCUUUUUUGGUCUAUUUGGCUGAGAAAGACAGCAACAUUGAGUUUGCUACUUAUGCCGACUCCCUCUGGUGGGGAACUAUAACCCUCACUACAAUCGGUUACGGUGACAAGACUCCACACACCUGGCAAGGUCGACUUUUAGCAGCUUGCUUUGCCCUGUUGGGAGUGUCCUUCUUUGCACUGCCUGCUGGCAUCCUGGGGUCAGGUUUUGCUCUGAAGGUUCAGGAGCAACACCGACAGAAGCACUUUGAGAAGAGAAGGACCCCCGCUGCCAACCUCAUACAGGCUGCAUGGCGUCUCUACUCAACAGAUGCUCAGCAUUCUUAUCUCACAGCUACCUGGUAUUUCUAUGACAGUAUGCUGCCGUCUUUCAGAGAACUGACAUUAUUGUUCAGUCACCUCCAACGGCCGCGUAGCGCCAAGAAGGUUCUCCAGAACUCCUACCACACCUUGCUGUCGGGGCUCCGGCCGUAUAGCUCUCCCUACCUGUCGGGAGACAGCGGGAAACUUGGAUUCCGUGACCGCAUAAGGAUGAACAAUUCCCGUUCCUCUCAAGCGAUCCGCAGCAAGGCUUCUCCUUUACCCCCGGGAAACGUGCGCCGCUCACCUAGCACCGAGAACAUACCAGAAGCCACCAGCCCCGGUAAGGUCCAGAAAAGCUGGAGCUUCAAUGAUCGGACUCGAUUCCGUACCUCCCUCCGCCUCAAACCACGACCUGCUGUGGACGUCGAGGGAGUUGGAGAGGAGAACACAGAAGACAAAUCUUACUGUGAUGUUGCCAUGGAAGAUGUCAUACCAGCUGUGAAGACCCUGAUUCGAGCCGUUAGGAUUCUCAAAUUCCUGGUGGCCAAGCGUAAGUUUAAAGAAACGCUCCGGCCCUAUGAUGUAAAGGAUGUGAUCGAGCAGUACUCGGCCGGACACCUCGAUAUGCUUGGCAGAAUCAAAAGUCUGCAGAUGAGGGUGGAUCAGAUUGUGGGACGUGGUGCCAUUUCAACAGAUAAAAAGUCGAGGCCUGAGAAAGGAGAAAAGACUCCUCCUGAUCUGGAACAGAUGGAUGAAUUAAGCAUGAUGGGGCGUGUAGUGAAGGUGGAGAAGCAGGUGCAGUCUAUUGAAAACAAGCUGGACCUCCUGCUGAACUUCUAUUCCCAGUGCCUGAAAAAGGGCUCGUCCCAAUUCACGCUCUCGUCCUUGCUGGAACCAGACCAGACCUCGGACUACCACAGCCCUACUGAUCAACGUGACCUCUUCCCUUCUGCCACCACCCUUAAUAUCUCCCACUCAGACAGCGGCAACAUAGAAUGACCCGCAGGGAAACUGUGGGAAACUGACUGUACCAUCAGGGCACUAAUCCAAAGGCUAAAUACCUCCCUACAUUAACCAACUGCAACACAAGUCAUAUCGCACGCUCUCAAAAACGAAUCAAAAAACAAUCGUGGCAUCCAUGCAUGGGUUCGUCCUUUGCACAGCUGGAUAGUGGCCUCUUACCCUCUUUUUCUAGAGUAUGCAUUGCAUUUCAUCAUUUUUGUUCGUCCUUUAACAUGCACACAGUAUAGGUAAGAAAAAUCCUCACUUGUGCCUGUUGGUUACUUUUCAUCGAUUCAAGACUAUAUUGUCAGAAAAAUAAUCUCAGUGGAUGAUGCCAUUGAGGUUCACUCUGCAUUCUGUGAACAUUUACAGCGGAGACCUUUUUAGCAACUACAAACUUUUCAGUCUUCCGAAAUAUAUGUAGAAAAAUCACUGCUGUAAAACUUUCUCCUCUCAACUUUCUUUUAAACAACAAACAUUGUCGUUAUGUCAUGAAUGGUGUUCCUUUCUGGAACUCUUAGUGCCAAUAUUGUUUCUUGGUUUUGGUUUUUGAUAAUCAUUAGGCCCUCAGAGCAAUUCUAUUUUUCUGUCUUUUUUUUGUAAAAAACAAACAGGGCGUUGUGUAUCUAAACUGAAUUUGAUUCUGGACACUUGGCCAUGGCCUUACACUUUGACCUGAUGCAACAGACCCCUUGUGCCAUGAGAAGACACCGAGCUUCUAAUGAAUGUACGGCCUACAGUACACUUUCUUCGUCUAUGUGUCAUGAACCAUGUCCUUCAAGAGAAUGACCUCACAGAAUGAAGCAUACGUAUGAUGGACUCUGUGACCAAGGUACAUUGGACAGCAUUCUCACCAAAGCAUCAUCUCCUGUCAUCUUGCAUGGUCCCCCUGGCAUUUCAUGAAGGAAGGAACUUAAAAAAAUGAGUCUAUGGCUGUGUCCGAAAUAGCCCCCUUUACCCAAAUAAAGUGCAGUAUUUGAGGGGACAUCCAAUUUUUGUGGCGCUGAAUGAAUUCCCGCGUCUCGGCAGAAGGUGGCGCCCGCAGCAUUUCCAGUGCACCGAGUGUCCGAAUUUACUCACUCGUUUUCACCUGCUCCUUAAAGUGGACUAAAAUAGUGAACCGAUUUAGGGAAUAGUGGAUGAGGGUAAUCGGUAGAGUGGGCGAUUUCGGACGCAGCCUAUGUGAUGAAGCGCUCAGGUUUCCUUCCUGCAUCUCUGUAGCUUGUUGGGUCACUCUUUGCCACUGCAUCAUAGCUAAAGCCCACAGUGCAAAAAAUCGAAGAAACAAACAAAAAUAUUCAAAUAGCCAGCAUUAAAGUGCAUGUUAGUGGCGCUGUGCCUUGGUUAGUUUGUUUUCAUUUAGUGGAAUUAGUUAUAAAAGAGGCAAUUCAUAUGCCCUUCUCUCCUCUAUGUCUUGAAGCCCAUUUCCUCAUUAUGCAUGAUCCAACUGAGAUCAAGGCCGAGGGUCACUGCUUCUCUUCUGAAGUCUAUAUUUCUCCCUAAAUGUGACUCUUGAUUAGUUGAGAUUAGAUUGGGAUUUAGGACUAAGGUCUUUCGCUGGAGUGUUAACUUUGGACCUCACGAUGACCUUGUUUUUGCUUCUUUUAUCAUCCCUUUGAGAUCAAUAGGUCAGAGGUUAUUUUUUAGCUCAAGGAUUAAAUUGAUCCGUCUGGCAUGGUGUUAUACUUAUCAUACAUCCAUUAUCUCUUUCACGAAAAUAAUUCUUAUGUUCUCUCAAACGUGCCCUUAACCUCAGCCAUGUACAGACAAAGCAUUUUCAGGACUGAGAAGAUUAAGAGUCGUUCAGAAAGGCAUUAGUCUGAGUGCAUGAACUCGACAUUAGUAUCUAUGCAUGCAGUUUUGGGAAAGGUUCCAGCUUCAUAGGAGAUGCUGCAGACAGCAUGGAGGUGAUUGUAUGGGAUACAGCACUCCUCUGCCUUACUGACACAACUAGAGCACACUGACCAUGUGUUUACGGUACAACGGUGGACCUAAGUGAUUUUUUAGGCCACUUGUCAUGGCAUUAUUUCAGCAUUCUAAUGGACAGAACUGGAGUACAGAAUUCAAACAUAUCAUUUUCUACAUUCACUUUUUCUUUGCACAUUUACAGUAUUUUGGAAAAUACAAUUUUCCUUUUGCAGUUUUGUAUUUGAUUUUACUAUAACAAUCUGUCUCAAUUGCUUUGGUUUGUUCUGGUAUUGCUAUGUCGCUUUUAAAUCUGUAUUUCUGUUUUCAUCUGCACAUGCUCUUACUUCUCUGUCCCUUUAAGCAGAACACUGAACCUUUCAGCCAUUAAGUAAAAUAUGAUAUAUUUUUGUCCUUAUGACAUGAUUAGUAA